UGCAGGCACGUCCUGGCUGAGGGCGGCGGGGUGGGGCACGGAAGAGAGGCUCGCACUUCCUGGAGCUCUCACUGGCUGGCUCACAAAACCCCGCCCUCUCAGCAAACCCAGGGAACUGACACAGCUCAGGCUUGAUCUCUCCCUGGAACUCUUGGUCCUGGUGGCCCCUCUGCUGCUGCUGUUGCUGCUGCUGUAGAAGAACUCUCUUGGCUGGGCUGGCCUUGGUGCUGGAGCUGGAGGAGGAUGCAGCUCCCUCUAGGAAACGUGCUCCCUUCCCUGCAGACCCUCCUCCUCUUCUCUGCCAUUCUCCUGAUCCUGGCCAGUUAUGUGCAGAGGAGGAGGAGGAGGCAGCAGCUUAAAUACCCCCCGGGGCCUCUUCGGCUGCCCAUAUUUGGCAACGUCUUCCAGAUAGACACCACAAAAGCCCAUGUCAGCGUCCAGGAGUUUGUCAGGAAAUUUGGGAACAUUUUCUCCAUGGAACUAUUCGGUGUUCCCAUGAUGACUGUAACUGGAUUGCCACUAAUAAAGGAAGUCCUAAUCAACCAAGGCCAGGUGUUUGUUGAUCGUCCCCAAUUUCCUUUGCAGACUUACACCUUUAAAUCAGUUGGCUUACUCAUGUCUAAUGGUCAAGAAUGGAAAGACCAAAGAAGAUUUACCUUAAUGACACUAAGGAAUUUUGGCUUGGGAAAGAAGACCCUUGAACUUAGGAUCCAGGAAGAAGCUACAUACCUCAUUGAGGCAAUCAGAGAAGAAAAAGGACAACCCUUUGACCCCCACUUUCAGAUCAACAAUGCUGUUUCCAACAUCAUCUGUUCUGUCACUUUUGGGAAUCGUUUUGAAUACCAUGAUUCUCAGUUUCGGGAGCUACUGAAGAGCUUGGAUCAAGUCUCGGUGCUUCAAGCCAGUUGGGAGUGUCAGUUCUUCAAUAUAAUUCCUUGGAUAAUGAAAUUCUUGCCAGGAGCUCACAAAAAGCUCUUUAGAGAAUUCAAGAAACUAGAAUCUUUUGUAGUCCAUGUGAUCAAACAACAUAAGGAAGAUCAAAACUCAGAGGAAGCCCGGGACUUCAUUGAUGCUUAUCUGAAGGAGCUGUCCAAGGGUAACAAUAGCUCUAGUUUUAAUGAAGACAAUUUAGUCUCAUGUACACUGGAUCUCUUCUUUGCUGGAACAGAGACAACUUCGACCACUCUGCGGUGGGCCCUGCUGUAUAUGGCCCUUUAUCCAGAGAUCCAAGGUAAAAUACAAGCUGAGAUUGACAGGGUGAUUGGCCACUCCCGGCAGCCCACCAUGGCUGAUAGAGAAAAUAUGCCCUAUACUUAUGCAGCCAUCCAUGAAGUCCAGAGAAUGGGCAAUAUCAUUCCUCUCAAUGCAGCCAGGGUGGCCACAGUUGAUACCACACUGGCAGGAUACCAUGUGCCAAAGGGGACCUGGCUGCUGACCAAUCUGACUGCUUUGCACAGGGACCCCAAGGAGUGGGCUACCCCUGAAACCUUCAACCCAGAACAUUUUCUGGAGAAUGGUGAAUUUAAGAAAAGAGAGUCCUUUCUGCCUUUCUCAGCAGGGAAGAGGGUCUGCCUGGGAGAACAGCUGGCUCGGGCUGAGCUCUUCAUUUUCUUCACUUGCCUGCUUCAGAGAUUCACAUUCCAGGCUCCCCCAGACACCCAGCUGAGUCUGGACUUCCGAACUGGCAUGACCGUCUCUCCUGCCCCCUACAAAAUCUGUGCCAUUCCUCGGGAGACAGAGCCCAAGCUUAGCUUGUAGAGGACCCUGUCCAGGUCUAGUGGGGAAGGACCUGGAAUCCACCUCAUUCUCCAUAGUCACCUAUCCUGCCCUUUGGAACUUUGGUGGGGAAUGGAAGAGAAGUCAAGGAGGGAAGAAGAUGAAGACAAAGAGUGAGAGAGACAAAGAGAGUUUUGGCCAAAUCUGAAUCUCCCUGCUCAGAAAAAGGAGAGGCAGAGUUUUUAUUGUAUUUGGAGAUUGAAGACCGGGUUCAAAUCCCAGCUCUGCUAAUUACUAACUUUGAGCAACUUUGAGUCACUUAAAUCUCUCUCCCUGACUCAAUUUCCUUAACUAUAAAAUGGGGAAGAACCUCUCUAAGGUCCCUUCCAGUUCUAUUUCUAAAAUCUUUUGAAGACAUGAACAGAGAGAGAGAAACAAUGCUUUUCCUCUCCUGUCUCAAGCAUUGGGGCCAGAGAAUACUUUUGUUUGUUUGACUGGUUGCUUACUCAUCUCCUACUCUUAUAAUUCAUGUAAUAAAAGUGACUUUGGGGGAAGUUUCAGAUACUUUAGGUGAGUUUCAGUAGCUGUGCAUAUGCUCAUGGGGAGGAUCUUUAGAAAUUAUCAACUCCUUGUGGUUAGAGACUGUUUUAUUAUGUCUUUGGAUCUCUGGUCCCCAGAUACUGUGCCUUGAAUGGAGAAGGAGUCCAAGCAAUCCUUGCCAAUUUUUUCAUCUUUAAAUCACUAAUGUUUUUUCCAAGUAUAUUCAUAUUAAUUAUUUCCUUUGAUUUUCACAAUAUGAAAAUAUUAUCCAGUCAUCUGAUGUGCUGGGUUCCUCUUUCCUAUUAAAAACCUUGUUAUAGAUAAUAAAUCCUAAUUACUCCAAUAUCAGUUGCAAUCACCUAGGAACAGUAACACUCCCACUUUGAGUAUGUAACCCUAUAAUCAAUAUGCUUUUAGUAAGGCUGCGUUUGGUGGCCAUCCUCAAAACUGACUAUAUUGACUAUAUAAUUGACCAUCAACAAGCCUAAACCCAAUUAUCUAUAAACAUUGUCUUGUAAUUGUUGACCAGAUCACUAGAUGAGUUGAGGUCUUCCCUUCCUCCAGGGCCAUAGCAGUCUUUAUAACUAAAAUUGUACUUAAAGAAAUCGUUCCCAGAUUUGGACAUCCUGCAUAUAUUGAUUCAGAUAGAAGGACUCACUUUACAGACUCCAUUUUGACUCCAAUUCUCUCCCUCCUCAGUGUGAAACUAUCAUAUUCCAUUACACCUGAAGAACCAUGUAGAUAAUAGGCAUGUGUUGUUGGAGACUCUUCCCUCUAGGCCACUCCUAUAAUUCUGUACUAUCAACACCAGUGGUCCUCAUUCCUGUCUGAAACCACUAUUCAAACACCCCAUGCAGCCCAUUCAAAGGACAGCUUUCUGUAACUACCGCCAUGACCACUAUUUCCCCUGGACAGCCCUCAAGAAGAAAACAUUGCCACCACCUCAGAUCAACAGCUGUCAACCCAACAGCAUCCAUCACCAGCGGUCCCUGAUAAUUCAUGCCAGCAUCUCCAAAAAGCUCUGAUUCUUCUCUUUUUUUUCCUCUUCUUCAAUUGCCAUCUGCGUUCCUUAGUUGUGGAAUGCCAUUUCUGGUUCAUGCAUUGCCCACAGAGGAAUAUCCUUAUGGAUGUUUAGAUUGUAUCCUCACACUCCCAAAUUUAUCUAGGGGGGACUAAAGGAGGGUCUGUGACCAGGAAAUCAACAAUUAACAGAUUAACCCAUGCUUGGAGUGUGGUUUUUAGAAAAAAAAUGUAGUAUGAAUUAUAUUAAGAAUUUAAUCCCAAGGAAAAUUCUGUAUAUAACCAGAAAAAUUUAGUCCCAGGAUAAUAUGUGAGUUAUACUUGAAAAGUAUUUACAUUGCUAGAGUAACUUUAAGUGCGUGCUAAUCUAUUAUCUGUAAGUUACUAUGUUAAUCAUGAGUAAAUCAAUCCAUCUGACAAUGUUCUCUAAGCAAACUAGCUGAUACAGGAAGUUAUAGAAAGUGAUGGUCACCAAAUAAAUACUCAUUGAGGUCUCCAUUCCUGCCAGGUGUGGAAGAGACUUGGGAAGUGUGGAAGAAACUUGGAAGGUCCAAAAAUGGUCUCCAAGACAACUUGAAUGCUUUUUUGUGGGGGGAAAAGAGGGUGGGAAUAGAUAGGAAACUAUACGAGCAUGUGUGCUUUGUAAAAUAUGCUCUCAGAUUUUGAUAUGGGGAGAACCUACAGACUUCAGGCCCUGUGAUGUCUCUGCUACAAUAAAGUCAUAUAUUUACCCAGAAGAAUCUCCCAGCAUCCUAUUUUUACAAGUAUAGCCAAGAUAUUAUGGUUCUCUGUUCCUGUCAAGGUUCCCACUUCUUUUUAGAGAUGCUUACACAAGAUAGAGUUCUAUAAAGAUAAUGGACAAUCUCUCAAUACCCCAUCCAGACAGAAAACUCAUGUUAACCAAGAUCAUGUUGCUCCAAGUAUUUAUGUUCCCCUUUAUUCCUAUUUUUAUAGGAAUAUGAUCUGUAAGCUCAUAAUGAAGUCCUUGUAUCAACUGAUGUUGUUUUAGAUCCAUUUAAUUGGUAAAUUGUAAAUAAACUGAUCAUGCUCAGAA